AAAUUUGAAUUUCAUUUCCCAAAAUCUCAAAUUCAAAUUAAACAAAUAAAUACCACUCUCUUUCAUUUUUCACUCAUUCUUCUCACACCAAACCCUAAUUUUCAAACCCUCUCUUUCUCUCUUCAAAUUUCAAACCAUAAUUUCAGUUUCUUCACAACAAGAUGCGUGAGAUUCUUCACAUUCAAGGUGGCCAAUGCGGUAACCAAAUCGGAGCAAAAUUCUGGGAAGUGGUUUGCGCCGAGCACGGAAUCGACCCUACCGGACGUUACAGUGGUACCUCAGAACUUCAACUAGAGCGAAUCAAUGUUUACUACAACGAAGCUAGUUGUGGCCGGUUUGUUCCUCGUGCGAUUCUUAUGGAUCUUGAACCGGGGACUAUGGACAGUGUCCGGUCUGGACCGUACGGUCAGAUCUUUAGACCGGAUAACUUUGUGUUUGGUCAGAGUGGUGCUGGUAAUAACUGGGCUAAAGGGCAUUAUACUGAAGGCGCUGAGCUUAUUGAUUCUGUUCUUGAUGUUGUUAGGAAAGAAGCUGAGAAUUGUGAUUGCUUGCAGGGUUUCCAAGUAUGUCAUUCACUAGGUGGAGGAACUGGAUCUGGAAUGGGAACCCUUCUCAUUUCAAAGAUCAGGGAAGAAUACCCAGACAGGAUGAUGCUUACUUUCUCUGUUUUCCCUUCUCCUAAGGUUUCUGACACUGUGGUUGAACCCUACAAUGCUACUUUAUCUGUUCACCAGCUUGUUGAAAACGCAGAUGAAUGUAUGGUUCUUGAUAAUGAAGCCUUGUAUGAUAUUUGCUUCCGUACUCUCAAGCUUACUACCCCGAGCUUUGGUGAUCUUAACCAUUUGAUAUCAGCAACCAUGUCUGGUGUCACAUGUUGUUUGAGGUUCCCUGGUCAGCUAAACUCCGAUCUGAGGAAGCUUGCUGUGAAUCUCAUUCCAUUCCCUCGUCUUCACUUUUUCAUGUUGGGUUUUGCACCUUUGACUUCAAGAGGUUCUCAGCAGUACCGUGCUUUGAGUGUACCAGAGCUCACUCAGCAAAUGUGGGAUUCCAAGAAUAUGAUGUGUGCUGCCGACCCUAGACACGGACGAUACCUCACUGCAUCAGCCAUCUUCAGAGGCAAAAUGAGCACUAAAGAAGUUGAUGAACAAAUGAUCAAUGUUCAGAACAAGAACUCAUCCUACUUCGUCGAAUGGAUUCCAAACAAUGUCAAAUCAACUGUUUGUGAUAUUCCACCAACAGGGUUGAAGAUGGCUUCUACAUUCAUCGGAAACUCAACUUCAAUUCAAGAAAUGUUCCGAAGGGUGAGUGAGCAGUUUACUGCUAUGUUCAGGAGAAAGGCUUUCUUGCAUUGGUACACAGGUGAAGGAAUGGAUGAGAUGGAGUUCACUGAGGCUGAGAGCAACAUGAAUGAUCUUGUGUCUGAAUAUCAACAGUAUCAAGAUGCUACUGCAGAGGAGGAUGAGUAUGAAGAUGAAGAGGAGGAUUAUCAGCAGGAACAUGAUGAGAUGUGAGCAUGUUGAUGCUUUUUGCAAUGGAUAACACAUCUGCAACUUCCUGUUGCCGGUUCGUAAUCUCUGUUGUAAGGGAAUACUUUUGUUCCGGCUGUUAUGAAAUUGUUUCUGGUUUUCAUUUCUGUUUGUGUAACAAUGUUGGUAUCAAAAGACAAUAUUAUUGUUGAAACAACUAUUAUUACUUUAAGAAUUAGUCUUUUGAGUUCCAAAAGUUGGUUA